AUGGAUAAAAAGACUAAAUAUAAGUUAUUAGGACUGACAGCUCUUGUAGGAUUGACAAGUUAUUUCUAUAUUUAAAAAGAAAGGAACAAGCCAAUGAGUUAAAAGAUGGCAUAAAAUUUUAAAGGAUUGCAAAAGAAAAUUGAUUAUUACUUUUCAGGGAAAUCUGCAGAAGAAGUAUUCUAUAUGAUUAUUGAAGAUGAUACAAUUAGUUAGAAAUAAUGACGAAUUUGUGGAAAUGCUUUUAAAAGAGGCUGGAAAUUACAUUGAUUUAAAAAAAAUAGAUGAGGAAAUAUCGAAAAUUGAUUUUAUUCGCUAAUUAUCAACCAUAAAUUAAUAAAUAAAUUAAUUAUUAGAAAUUAGAUUAGUUGUUUAAUACAUCUCAAAGUAAGGAAUAAAUUAAUAAUAGAAAUUCAUUACAAUUAGUUUAAGAAUAAAUAAUUGAAAAACUAGCAUCAUAGAGAGUGACUAUAAUGCAAUCUAAUACUUAAUUUGGAGAAGCUACAAUUAAUUUUGUAAAAUAUGUUUAAUGUUCUUUCUUGUAAUUAAUCUCUGAGUUAGAAAAAGUAUUGUAGGAUUUAUAAAGCCCUCAAAGAAUAGUUGCUGCUAACUUUUACUUCAUGUGUAUUUUAGAUUACUUUAAUAACAUAUUGACUUAAUAUCCAAAUUUCAGAAAUUUUAUAGCAAUCGUACUCUUAGAAAAAAUAGGGUAAAAUUAAUUUGGCUUCGAUUUUUAUCAUGAUUGCACAGAUUUAUAUUAUGUAAAUACAGUGCAGACAUGCUAGAAACUCAACACUUGUGAUUGUUGCAUAUUUGAUUUACUAUGCAGAUACAUAUCCAUAUUGUAAUCCCCUGUAUAACAGAAGUUUUUUGAAUUCAUGAAAUGUAAUCAAAUAUUUUAGACACAUGAGCACUUGAAGCAAAUGGGAUAAAUAUUAUUCAAGAAUACAUUCUAUUUAGGAGGAUAGUUGAGUGAAGAUUCUCUCCAUUUCCUUGCCACUUUUUCUCCAUUAUUUGGUCUCCUAUUAGAGGCAACAUCUAAUAAGAGUAUAUAAGAAGGGUUAUUGAAAUGUGAGGAAUUUGGAAUCGUUAUUUAAUAUCUUGAAAAAGUGAUAAACAAUCAUGAAAAUCAAUUUUUGAAUAGAUUGCUAGCAAGUUUGAUUGAUGUUUAUUCAAUUUUAUAUCCUCUAUUUUAUAAUGAAAGUGCAUUAAAGUAAAUUGUGAAUGAUGAAGAAAAAAUAAAAUAAAUUUUGAGUACAUUUUUUGGGGCUUUAUUGAAUCUAGAGUGUAGAGAAAUGUUUGAUUCUAAUAAAUGUAUUACAAUAUAUGAAAUUAGAAAAUGAAAUUAGUAUUUUGGAUUGGUUUGCUUUGAAUAUGGGAACAAUAUUCACUUAGUAAUUACUUGGAAAUAUUUCAGUUGAAUUCAUUCAAUAAUUACUUAAGCAGAAAGAGAUUGAAAAGGGACUCUUAUUUACCUACAUGUAUUGUUUAAGAGUCUCAUAAAACAAAAGAAUAUAGGAUAGAUAAUAGAAAAAGAAAAAUGUUGACAUCAAUUCUUUCAUCACCAAAUUAAUCAGUCUAGUUGUAAUUUCAUAAUUAAAGAAUGAUUUUAGUAACAAGAAUAUGGAUUUAAUUAUAAAUAAUCUAGGUUUUGUGGAUGCAGAUGAAAGAUCAAAUAUAUUCUUAAAUAUCCUUAAAAUUUAAUUCGAAAUCCCUUCAAUGAAUGUUAAUUAUCUUAAAUAUGUCUCUGCUAAGUGUCAACAACUAUCUUAGGAGACAUAUCAUUCCUUUAGUGGAUUCUACACCAAUGUUUUGAAUCCAACUACUCUUUCAUUUGAUCAAUAUAUGAUUUCGAUGCAAUUAGGGGUCAUCUACGGAAAAGCUGACUCCUUUUUGGCUUAAAUUGGAUAGGGUUUCUUGAGAGAUCUCCAACAAUUUGAAUAAUAUAAAGACUUUUUACAGAGAGAUGUAUAAAUAGCAUAUAUCAAUAUUAGCUAAUUCUUAUAGUGGAUUUGAUGGAAAAUCCAUACUAUUUUGCUAAUGUUCUCAUCCAUAAUAAAAAUUGCCCUCAAGAUAUUUAUCAAUAAUUGCUAGUAAAAGUUGCAAUUUCUAUUUACCAAUUGAAUCCUAAAGUAACAUUUUUACAAUUACUACAACAAAUGUCUUUGUUUAUAAAGGUUGAAGUUUUGCCUCAAUUUAUAAAAGAUUUAUUUAUUGUAAACAAGGACAAUACAAUUAAACUAAAAGAGCAACAAUAGGAAGUAUGGCCAUUCCAGUGUUUAUAAAGGGAUUGUUCCUCAGUUCAAAUUUACAUGAAUUUAGUUAAAGACGAAUUCUUAUUCAAUGAAGUAUAAGAUUUUCUUAAUUUAUCAGUUGUUGUAAGACUUAGAGAGUUUUGAAUUCCUAAGUAGAAUCCAGGAAAUCAUGUUCAAUUGUCCAAAUUUCAUUCAGAUAAUUUAUUAAUUGCUCUUGUGUGUGCAGAGAUUGGAGUUGAAGAUUUGGAUUGGGAAGAUAUUAUUUUAUGCCAAGAAAUUUAGAGAUGUUAAUCAAGAAUGCGAUACUCUAUUGAAAUCUAAAGAGUGUCAAUCGUUUAUUUUGGAGAUGCCCGAUAAUUUUAGAACUUAUAUGCUAUUUGAUAAGAAUGCUAUUAAAUGA